GAACCGCCGGUUUGCCGCCGGAUUAAGGCGGGACUCCUCCCCCCACGAGCGACGCCGCUGGUUCUGGCCGCCGCCGACAGGUGGCUGCAGGAGGACAUCUCGCCGCGGCGCGGGACAACAGGCCAGGCCAUGAACCAGACGUGCAAGGUGUGCGGGGAGCCGGCGGCAGGGUUCCACUUCGGCGCCUUCACCUGCGAGGGCUGCAAGUCGUUCUUCGGGCGGACGUACAACAACCUGGGCUCGAUCACGGAGUGCAAGAACAACGGCGAGUGCGUGAUCAACAAGAAGAACCGCACGUCGUGCAAGGCGUGUCGGCUGCGCAAGUGCCUGCUGGUGGGCAUGUCCAAGAGCGGCUCCCGCUACGGCCGCCGCUCCAACUGGUUCAAGAUACACUGCCUGCUGCAGGAGCAGAUGGGCCAGCAACCAGACGGGGGAGGGGCGUCGUACGGCGGCCUGAACCACUACCACAACCACCACCACCACCACCACGUGACGCACGAUAGCCGACUGUCAGCCACGCCGUCGCCCAAGGGCGGCUGGCACGCGUCCUCGUGUUCGCCGGCCGACUCGGAGGAGGACUCUUCGGGCGCCUUCGUCCUCCCGCCGCACCGCCCCUCCCCCGGCCGCUCCUCCUCCUCCCCGUUCAGCGACAAGGACCUCGGCGGCCCGCAGCGGCGGCUGUCGGCGACCGUCACCCUCACGGCGAUCCCGCCGCCGCCGCAGCCGCCGCACCCCGCCCCCGGCCCGCCGCCGCCGCGCGCCGCCUUCGCGCCGCUCAGCCGCCUCCUGGCGCCGCCGGCGCUGCGCAGCCCGGCGCUGGCGGGGGUUGCUGUCGAACAGGACGAGCCCAUCGACCUGUCGGUGCGGCGCAAGAGCGAGGGCGACGACCCGCAGAGGGCAGCGACCCCGCUCGACCUCACCAGCAAGAGGCCCGCCGAGGUGCCGCAGUCGGGGUAG